GAAGCUCUGACCUUUGGCCUGAACUGUGCGCUGGGGCCCGAUGAACUGCGCCAGUACGUGCAGGAGCUGUCACGGAUUGCGGAAUGCUACGUCACCGCGCACCCGAACGCCGGGCUACCCAACGCCUUUGGUGAGUACGAUCUCGACGCCGACACGAUGGCAAAACAGAUACGUGAAUGGGCGCAAGCGGGUUUUCUCAAUAUCGUCGGCGGCUGCUGUGGCACCACGCCACAACAUAUUGCAGCGAUGAGUCGUGCAGUAGAAGGAUUAGCGCCGCGCAAACUGCCGGAAAUCCCCGUAGCCUGCCGUUUGUCCGGCCUGGAGCCGCUGAACAUUGGCGAAGAUAGCCUGUUUGUGAACGUGGGUGAACGCACCAACGUCACCGGUUCCGCUAAGUUCAAGCGCCUGAUCAAAGAAGAGAAAUACAGCGAGGCACUGGAUGUGGCCCGCCAGCAGGUGGAAAACGGCGCGCAGAUUAUCGAUAUCAACAUGGAUGAAGGGAUGCUCGACGCCGAAGCGGCGAUGGUGCGUUUUCUCAAUCUGAUUGCCGGUGAACCGGAUAUCGCUCGCGUGCCGAUUAUGAUCGACUCCUCAAAAUGGGAUGUCAUUGAAAAAGGUCUGAAGUGUAUCCAGGGCAAAGGCAUUGUUAACUCUAUCUCGAUGAAAGAGGGCGUCGACGCCUUUAUCCAUCACGCGAAGCUCUUGCGUCGUUACGGUGCGGCAGUGGUGGUAAUGGCCUUUGACGAACAGGGACAGGCCGAUACCCGCGCACGGAAAAUCGAGAUUUGCCGUCGGGCGUACAAAAUCCUCACCGAAGAGGUUGGCUUUCCGCCAGAAGAUAUCAUCUUCGACCCGAACAUCUUCGCGGUUGCCACCGGCAUUGAAGAGCACAACAACUACGCGCAGGACUUUAUCGGCGCGUGUGAAGACAUCAAACGCGAACUGCCGCACGCGCUAAUUUCCGGCGGCGUAUCUAACGUUUCUUUCUCGUUCCGUGGCAACGAUCCGGUGCGCGAAGCCAUUCACGCAGUGUUCCUCUACUACGCUAUUCGCAAUGGCAUGGAUAUGGGGAUCGUCAAUGCCGGGCAGCUGGCGAUUUACGACGACCUGCCCGCUGAACUGCGCGACGCGGUGGAAGAUGUGAUUCUUAAUCGUCGCGAUGAUGGCACCGAGCGUUUACUGGAGCUUGCCGAGAAAUAUCGCGGCAGCAAAACCGACGACACCGCUAACGCCCAGCAGGCGGAGUGGCGCUCGUGGGACGUGAAUAAACGUCUGGAAUACUCGCUGGUCAAAGGCAUUACCGAGUUUAUCGAGCAGGAUACCGAAGAAGCCCGCCAGCAGGCUACGCGCCCGAUUGAAGUGAUUGAAGGCCCGCUGAUGGACGGUAUGAACGUGGUCGGCGAUCUGUUUGGCGAAGGGAAAAUGUUCCUGCCACAGGUGGUCAAAUCGGCGCGCGUCAUGAAACAGGCAGUGGCGUAUCUCGAACCGUUUAUUGAAGCCAGCAAAGAGCAGGGUAAAACCAACGGCAAGAUGGUGAUCGCCACCGUGAAAGGCGAUGUCCACGACAUCGGUAAAAAUAUCGUUGGCGUGGUGCUGCAAUGUAACAACUACGAAAUUGUCGAUCUCGGUGUGAUGGUGCCUGCGGAAAAAAUUCUCCGUACCGCCAAAGAAGUGAAUGCUGAUUUGAUUGGCCUUUCGGGGCUUAUCACGCCGUCGCUGGACGAGAUGGUUAACGUGGCGAAAGAGAUGGAGCGUCAGGGCUUCACUAUUCCGCUAUUGAUUGGCGGCGCGACGACCUCAAAAGCGCACACGGCGGUGAAAAUCGAGCAGAACUACAGCGGCCCGACGGUGUAUGUGCAGAAUGCCUCGCGUACCGUUGGUGUGGUGGCGGCG